AUGGAUGAUACUGAUGCAAAACCUCAACUUCCUGUCCAUUUAAUUUUGGGUGCGAGUGAUUAUGCUAAGAUCAAAACUGCUACGGAGCCCUGCAUUGGUGAACCUGGUGAACCAGUAGCUGAACUCACUAAAUUUGGUUGGACAUUGUUAUCACCAGGAACUGAGGAGGAUCUCACGAAAUCAUUGUUUGCAAGGUCUUCUAUGGAAGAUUACAGGAAAUUAUGCGACCUAGACGUGCUUGGUUUGGAAGAUCAGUCAAAUGGAGAUGAAACAAUCUACCAGGAUUUUAAAGAUCAGUUAAUCCAAAGUCCAGAAGGAUGGUAUGAGACAGGGCUUUUGUACAAGCCAACCACCAGCAGUCUACCUAGUAAUAAGGCAGGGAGCCUUGCGAGGCUUGGCAAAUUAGUCAAAAGGCUUGAGAAAAAGCCAAGACUCUUUGAACAGUACCAGCAGAUAAUGAAAGAACAGGAAGAACAAGGAAUCAUUGAGAAGGUGACACAUGAAGCAAAGGGACGUGAAUUCUACCUCCCACACAAACCGGUAGUCAGAGAAUCAGCAGAAAGUACUAAAGUUCGCGUGGUUUAUGAUGCCUCAGCCAAGGAAAGGGAAGACUCACCAUCAUUGAACGACUGUUUGGAAACAGGGCCGAUAUUACAGAAUCUCUUGUGGAAUGUUCUUGUGAGCAAUCGGUUCAAGCCUGUAGCACUUUCAGCGGAUUUAAAGCAAGCGUUCUUACAGAUCAGGAUAAAGCAAAAAGACCGAGAUGUCUUACGGUUUCAUUGGUUGAGCAAAGAAGACCCCAAGCAAGUCGAAGUUUACCGAUUUACGCGAGCUCUGUUUGGAUUAAAUCAAUCACCGUUUCUUUUAGCUGGGACACUCAAUCAACAUCUCAACAGUCAAGAACAGGAGUUUCCAAAAGAAGUAGCUGAGAUAAGAGAUAGCUUGUACGUUGAUGACCUGCUUACGGGAGGGUGCAUUGUGGAGGAAGUACAACAGUUGAAAGAAACCGCAAUCAAAAUCUUUGAUAGAGCUAAAUUCACUCUGCACAAAUGGCACUCAAAUCUUAAAGAACUGGAAGCGAGCGAGCCAGUGGUCAGUGACGCAGCGGUCGAUCAAAGUUACGCUAACCAACGACUGGGCGUUAGAGAAAAUGAGACAAAACUAUUGGGCAUGCCUUGGAACAAAAGCAAAGAUACAAUCGGUGUCCAUUUCCCCGAAAAAUUCAACGAAGAAAACGUAACAAAACGGAUAGUACUUAGCGAGAUUGCUUCAAUCUUUGAUCCUCUCGGUUUAGUUUCGCCAAUUAGUGUACUUGGGAAGAUGAUCUAUAGGGACAUCUGUGAAGCUAAUUUACCCUGGGACGAACAACUUUCUCAUAACCUGAUGCACCGUUGGCGCAACUGGUGUACUAGAGUACCAAGUAUAAUUGAAGUGCCCAGGAGUUUAGUCACACACAGAGAAAGGAUACAAGCCAUAGAUUUGCACGCAUUUGGAGAUGCUAGUGGCCAAGGUACGUCAGCAGCCGUGUAUGCAGUUAUCCUACAAGGCAAGGGUAUCGGUCAAGGACUCAUAACAGCUAAAUCAAGAUUGGCAAAGAAAGGGUUGACCAUUCCAAGACUUGAGUUAGUCUCUGCUCAAAUGGCAGCAAGGCUGAUGGACAACGUGCGAUCCGUUCUUGAAGGGUUGCCUCACGUGGGAACAAAAGAUAAUCCCGCCGAUAUUGGAAGCCGAUGCUGCAACGGAGAUCAGUUGUCUGAAAAAUGGCUUGAAGGACCAAAAUGGCUUUCCAACCCUGAAAAAUGGCCAAGGGAAGUAACCAUAGAAGCUACAGUUGAGACGGAAGCGGAAGUAAAGAAAUGCAAAGAAGUCUUCAUGCCUGCAGUUCAACUAGAGGAGGACAGGUUUUCAGCAAUCUUGGCGAAAUACCCCUAUUGGAAAACCAUGAGAAUAACAGCAUGGGUGUUCAGGUUCGUGUAUAACCUCAAGAAAAAACAGCAACGUCGACGGGGUCCACUCACGACUAACGAGCUACAAACACAAGUUCUCUGGUGGCUGAAAAGAGAACAGCUGCGCUUUGAAAACUCGGAUCAGAUGAGAGAAGACACUCAACGCUUAAACCUUAAGAAAAAUGAGGAAGGAGUGCUGGAAUGUCGCGGAAGGAUGCAAGGAGAAUGCCCGAUCUACAUUCCACCAGAGUCCGAAUUAGCAAAGAAGUUGGUCAUGCACGAACAUUUACGCACUCUCCAUGGGGGAGUCAGUCUGACAAUGACUGCGGUGAGGGAAAAUUACUGGAUACCACGUCUUCGACAACUCACAAAAAAGGUCAGAAGCAGAUGCAACGGUUGCAAGAGGUUCCAAGCGAGUGCAUUCGCCAAACCACCCACUGGCAACCUCCCAAAGGACCGCACAGAAGGAUCACGGCCAUUCCAAGUCAUAGGUGUGGAUUACGCAGGUCCGUUCAUCUAUAAGAAACGAGCAGGUAAAGAAGGAAAAGCGUACCUACUCCUCGUGGGAUGCAGCUUAACAAGAGCGGUUCACUUGGAGAUGCUACCAGAUAUGUCAACAGAAGAAUUCGUGCAUAGCUUCAGGAAGUUAGUUGCUAGACGUGGCAAGCCAGAUAAAGUGUACUCAGAUAAUGCCAAGACCUUUGUGGCCGCAGCCAAACGUGUUCGGAAAAUCUCAAGAGAUGAACAAGUUCAUGACUAUCUUGCUAAGAACAAUAUCAAGUGGCAAUUCAACCUAAGCAAGGCCCCUUGGUGGGGUGGACAGUAUGAAAGACUGAUAGGAUUGGUGAAACAAGCAUUUUAUAAGGUAGUUGGUCGAUCAAGUCUCACAUGGAAAGAAUUGGAAGGGGUAAUCCUUGAUGUGGAGAUAUGUCUAAACAAUAGACCUCUAGCGUAUGUGGAAGACGACCACGAAUUGCCAAUUCUUACACCAAAUGCCAUGAUAACUGGCCAACCGUCCGUCUCAGUGAUUGAAAAUGAUGAAACAAGUGAAGAAGAGGAAUUAAGGAAAAGAGCAAAACAUAUUCAGCGAUGUAAGAAAGCCAUAUGGAAGAUGUGGACGGGGGAGUAUCUAAGAUCAUUAAGAGAGAGACAUAACCUGAAACAUGGAAAAAUGGGAAAAUCUCCAGAAGUGGGUGACGUAGUGCUAAUAAAAGGAGAAGAAAGAAAUCGAGGAAAAUGGAGUGUAGGUAUCGUAGAGGAACUGUAUGAGGGAAGGGAUGGAGUUGUUCGAGGAGCAAAGAUUAAAACACGGAAAACGCAUAUUGACCGAGCACCACAGCAUCUAUUCCCAUUAGAACUACAUAGAGUAGAAGAUGCAAAAGUAGCCACAGAAAACAAUACCCUGGAUCCAGACGCGAAAGAAUUCCGGCCUAGAAGAAACGCAGCAGUAGUGGCAAGAGAGAGGAUGCAGGAAGUCUCAAACCUUGAGGAUAGUAGUUAG